UAAAAUAAACCAAAUCCAAUGUCCUUUUCGUACUGCCAAACUGGUAAUGGGAAGCACUCAACAUCCCUUUAAACAAAGGUUUCUCAAAAAAGACUAGACGGCAGAAACCUAAAUCAUUCCGCCUUCAUUUCCAGAUCUUAACUUCCUUCAAUGGCAGCGCGUUGCCUGCAGGGUUUCUCCUCUCUUUCUCUAAACCCUACCACCAAACACACUCCAUCCUCCCGCCGCCCUCCUUCUCUUCUCAUAACCUCCUCCUCUAAAUCCGACAAUGCCCCUCUUAUUGGCCGCAAGCUCCGAGCUGCCGUCAUUGGCGGUGGCCCUGCGGGAUCUUCCGCUGCCGAAGCUCUCGCAGCUGGUGGCAUCGAGACUUACCUAUUCGAGCGCAGUCCAUCCUCUGCCAAGCCCUGUGGCGGCGCUCUCCCUCUAUGUAUGCUAAAUGAGUUCGACAUCCCUGCUCAUCUCAUCGAUCGCCAUGUUACUCGUAUGAAAUUUAUUUCCCCUUCCAAUCUCGCCGUCGACUUCGGAAAAACCUUGAAAGCCCAUGAGUUCAUACCCAUGCUACGCCGCGAAGUGCUCGAUUCCUUCCUCCGUUCCCGCGCUCAGUCCAACGGUGCUAAUCUCAUCCAUGGCCUCGUGCUGAAUCUCGAGCUCCCAACCUCCUCCAAAGAACCGUACGUCGUGCAUUACACAGCUGAAAACUCCCGGAAAUCCUUGGCCGUGGAUGUGGUGAUCGGUGCGGACGGCGCCAACAGCCGUGUAGCGAAGUCGAUCGACGCUGGAGAUUACACGUGUGCGAUCGCCUUCCAAGAGAGAAUCAAAUUGCCAGAGGAGAAAAUGGAGUACUACGAGAAUCUGGCGGAAGUGUACGUAGGGAACGACGUAUCGCCAGAUUUUUAUGCUUGGGUAUUUCCAAAAUGCGACCAUGUGGCAGUGGGGACGGGGACGGUGUGCUCGAAACAAGACAUAAAGCGUUACCAAAGAGGAAUAAGGGAAAGGGCAAAGAGGAAGAUAAGCGGAGGGAAGGUGAUGAAAGUAGAGGCACAUCCGAUACCGGAGCACCCGCGAGCAAGGCGAGUGGUAGGGCGGGUGGCGCUGGUGGGUGACGCGGCAGGAUACGUGACAAAGUGCUCGGGUGAAGGCAUAUAUUUUGCAGCGAAAUCGGGGAGAAUGUGCGGAGAGGCGGUGGUGAGAGCAUCGGAAGGAGGGGAGAGGAUGAUCGGAGAAAGGGAUCUGAAGAGAGAGUAUUUGAGAGAGUGGGAUGCCAAGUACGUGGGAACGUUCAGGUUCUUGGAUGUGUUGCAGAGAGUGUUCUAUGGGGACAAUGCCGGAAGGGAGGCAUUGGUGGAAAUGUGUGGGAAUGAGUAUGUGCAGAGAAUGACAUUUGAAAGCUAUCUGUACAAGAAAUUGGCUGAGGGAAACAGAUUGGAAGAUGCUAAGUUGAUGUGGAACACCAUUGGAAGUCUCAUCAAGUGUGGAAUUGUUGGGAGAACAGAGACUCACAAGGUUGCAUCUUUCCUCUAGCUUUGUUUGUAGUUGUAGUCUGCCUUAGCUUUGUUUUUGUGUGAAAUCAUCAAAUCAAGUUUUAUUCCAAACAUUGAUAUAGUCCACCAUUUUAUUAAUGUGAUUCUUCGUUUGGAUGGA